AUGGCGUCGUCUUCAUCGGCUGCAUCGCUCUUUGCGACAGAGUGCUUGCUCUACUCUACGGCAUCCUCCUCGUCGCUGGUCGGAUCCAUGGGCCUCACCACCGUUGCCGCCCCUUCUUCCACCUCGGCUCUUUUCACUUUCAAAGGCGUCUCGGAUCCCGCUUUCCAUUCCGUCAGUAUCGUUCCGACGUCUCCCAACCCGGCCAUCUCAGGAACAGGCGGUCUCGUCCUCCAACUCGAAAAUAACAAAGCCGUGCUCAACAUCUUCUCAUGGCAACGUGACCAUCUCCUGCAACGCAUCAUCCUACCAUCCAAACUCUCUUGCAUCGCGUGCUCUGCAAAUGGCGAUCUCGUAGCGGGCGGCUCCUACGACGGUCGCAUCUUUCUCUGGCAGAUUGCUUCGGGCGAUCUCCUCGCCUCCUUCGAUGCCCACUACCGCUCCGUCACUGUGCUCAAGUGGACGUCGGACGGUGCAGGCCUCGUAACAGGCUCCGAAGAUGCAAGAAUCCUGGUAUGGAGUCUCGCAGGUCUCCUCGCUCCGCAUGACCAGACCAGUUCUUCCAUCACCAGCUCCGAACACAACCCAACUCCCUACUGCACCCUUGCCGACCACAAUCUUGCCAUCACCGAUCUGCACAUCUCGAAUGGUCGCUUCCCGCACCAGGUCAUGAUUCUUUCUAGCUCUAGUGACGCAAGCGUCAAGCUAUGGCAUCUUCCAACAAGAAGUCUACUUAGCACUUUUGUCUUUGAAGAACCAAUACACCGGGUUGCCCUUGACUGUACUGAGCGCUUCUUCUUUGCAGCCACCUCACCCACUUCUUCACACAAUCUCGUAUAUCGUAUCGAUCUCUUCCGCAAGCGCGAUACAUCCAGCAGAAUGGUCGAGACUACCCAAGCCACUUCAGGCUCUCAAUUCGACUUUGUCACCGAAGAGCUCAGAGGUGUCUCGUCCGUCGAGGCUUACGGAUUUGGCUCCGCAGCUGGGCCGACCACGGAACGCAUCCCCUCUGUCAACGAUGCAGCAGCUCGAGCGGCUGCCAACGGAUCCAGCAUCAUCUCUAUCCGUGAGCCGAUCUCCAGCAUGUGCCUCUCCGCCAGUUCCACAUCGCUCCUCGUCGGCGGUCUCGCCGGCAACCUGAUCGUCAUCGACGUAUCCAACUCUCAAAUCCUCCGGACAGUCUCGCUGCUCGGCAAUGCCAAAGCCAGUGCAAUCACGGGCAAGAACGCCGUCACGAACCUCGUGGUCCUUCCCAAGCCUCGAGACUUGCUCGGGCAUUGGGAGACCUCUUCGUCGUCUGGCGCUGGAUCUUCGAUGAACGGUUCGGGCGGUGCAAGCGGUGCCGGGGCAUCCGGCAACAUCCCCGUCCGACCGAUUGCCUCCAGCUUCAGUCAUCACGUGCUGGCGUCGGAAGAGGACCGUCUGUCCAAGCCAUACUUGACACGCAUCUCCGGUAGCAACGCCGGAGCCAUGUUCGAUGAAAGCAGCGUUGAUAGCUUCAUCAAUCCGGAAUGGGACAGCAAUCUCGUAUCCGACGAGCUUCUCGCCAGGUCAGCGCUGUCCUCAUUCACUUCCUCGCAAGCACCAUCGGGCGCGCCGACGAGCACCUCGGCUAUCAACGCUCAGACGGCUCAAGAAGCAGAGAGACUGCAAAAGGAGAACAAACUGCUCCGGUCUCAACUGAACCAAGCCAAAGCCAUCAACGACGAAAUGUGGUCUCGUCUCGUACAAGAUCGUCUCUCGGCCAACCACGUCGAUGUCGGCGCGAGCGAUUGA